AUGGAGGCAGAUUUCAGCCCGGAAGAACUUUACGAGCUUGAGCAGUCACAACUGUGGGAAGACGCAGAAUUUCGAGAGUAUCAAGAGUAUCAAGACUUCGAUCCAGAAGAAGAGGUAUGUUUUUCAGACGAUUCUGAUGAUGAAAUUGAAGAAAUUGAUGUUGUUGAGUUAGAAGUCCCAUUGAAAAAAGGGGUUAAAACUAAAGAGUUAAGUAACAAAGAAAGAGCAUACAUUGCACAAACUCUAAGCAUGCAGUCUGCUAUUUAUGUAGCAAAUGCGUCAGCAGAAAUUGGUGGUACUAUUCACCCAGGAAAGAAAUCUGUUCCUAACUUUGCAGUAAAAAACCUUGCUACAAAAUUCAACGUGAAUAGAAGUACAAUUAGUAGAAUUUGGGCAAGGGCUAAGAGUCAAAUACUAACUGAAAAUAUCAUUGAUGUUAGAAAUCAGAAAAGGGGAAGAGUCGGAAGAAAGGCCAAGGGUUUUGACUUAGAGAUUCUACUGGCUGUUCCUAUAGAAAAAAGAACAACAAUAAAAGGUCUUUCACUUGCACUUGGGAUGUCUACUGGAACUGUUUAUAGGCUGCUGAAAACAGGACAACUACGGGCUCACACAAAUAGCAUCAAACCAUCACUUAAGCAUCAUCAUAAAAUUGCAAGACUUCAAUACAUAAUGAAUCAAGUCAUUCCAGGAACUGUGAACACACUACCAAAAUUUUCUGAUAUGUAUAAUGUGAUUCACAUUGAUGAAAAAUGGUUUUACAUGAGCCAAGAGACUCAAAGAUUUUACCUUUUCCCAUGGGAAGACGACCCAUACAGGGCAUGUCAAAGCAAAAGAUUCAUAAGCAAGGUUAUGUUCAGUUCUGGGGUUGCAAGGCCACAUAUAUGUUCAGAUGGGAUAGUGCUUUGGGAUGGGAAGAUUGGUAUCUUCCCGUUUGUUGAAGAUGUGGCAGCUAUAAGGAAUUCAAAAAACAGAGACAAAGGAACUAUUGAAACAAAGGCUCUUCAAAGUAUAACCAAGGAGGUCAUCAGAUCUAAGAUGAUAGAGGACUUGCUACCUGCUAUUAAAUCAAAAUGGCCAUCUAAUGCAUGCAAAGACAUUUGGAUACAACAAGAUAACGCACGACCACACAUAAGUCCAAAUCACAGAGAGUUUUUAGAAGCAGCUACACAAGAUGGGUUCAACAUAAGACUCGUAAACCAGCCAGCUCAAAGUCCAGACCUGAAUAUAUUGGACUUGGGAUUUUUCCGAGCAAUUCAGUCAAUUCAAUACAAGUCUUUCCCAGAUUCUGUGACCUCUCUAAUUGAAGCAGUUGAAAAUGCAUACAUAGCCUUGGAUCCCAAAGCAAUGAACUUUACAUGGAUGCAUUUAAAAUACUGUAUGAUUGAAAUUUUGACGGUUCAAGGUGGAAAUAAUUAUAAGAACCCACAUAAGGGGAAGAAGAAGCUAGAGAGAUUGGGUUUGCUACCUACAGAAAUAGAAGUCUCGGAGAAACUUUUGGAAGAAACUACAAACUAUAUGAAUGAGGGGUACAUUGUCAACAAUGUUAUUCAACAGAACAACAUUCAUCACAAUGUUCCAACAACAACUUGA